GUCGUCAGCACUCGCUCGCCAACCCUUCUCUCGCCCCCCUUCUGCUCUUCAACCUGCCUCUCUACCAGCUCUUGUUUCCCUCAUGCAGUAGCAAUUAUUUACUUUUUCAUCCAUUGGGAUUGCUGCCAAACCCACCUAUGCUAUCCUGGCUCGUCUGAAACCUUACCUCCUCCUCGUUAACAUCAUCAUCACCGCACUGGACGUCUCUGCUCACGACCACAGCUGGCUGCUCAAAGUUGACCGAAUUUUGCCUUCACGGUGCCAUACGCCCAAACCACAGCCAUGAACCCUCAUCAGCAGAAUAAGAUCGACAUCAAUUCUCUGAGCCCCGAUGAACAGCGUCUUUUGCGGCUGUAUGGGAAAAUUCCAAACAAGAAAGACCUGCUCCAAAAUAAGCUGAAGGAACGAAAAUAUUUUGACUCGGGCGACUAUGCUCUUAGCAAAGCCGGCAAAGCAUCCGACGUUGGAGUCACCAGCAUCGGUUCCCGUCAUCCUGUCCCGGAAAAUAUCCCUCACCUGACUGCAACCUCACCUCCCCAAGCAAGCCCCAUUCCCGGACAUUUCAAUGGUCAUUCCCCAACCCAGACUGGCGGAUCCCAUAACGGGUUACCCGUCGGGAUGAGCCGUAGUCCGAUCCGAGAAAGUAACUUCCCACACCGAAAGUCGAGUCUGGGAGAUAGCGGGCUUGGGGAGGAGGGCCAGAAAGAGAGGUCCAAAGACGCUGGUGAGGGUCUCACUAGUGCUGAAGCGCGCAAUCGUGACACCAAAGAAGGGAGCAUAAGUCCUCCACGAGUCACAGGCGGUUUGCCAAUUCGGAGAUAGUCUUGAAGUUCCCCCGGCGUGAAGUGAAAGGGGAGAGAAUUUGGCUACAAUCUUGAAGUUGGUGGUAUGAUUUGCUUAUUGAGAUGGCAACCGUUAAACAGUUCUUUGCACUGGGUGAUUCAUAUGGAGUACCGAAUGGGUAUGGAUAUAUCGUGGGUGUCCGCUUGUGGAAUGCUGAGUGGUCAGUGAGCUUUCCAGGGCUGUGAGCCUGGAAUCUCGUUGUGGAGCUCCUUUGCUUUUUAUCCUUACUGUUACUGCUCCCUUCCUUAUCCCAUAUCUAAAAGACCCUCGCAUGUCCUCAACAAGCUGUCCAACUAGUCUGGACUUUACGUUGCUUCCCAGCUCCUUUGACCACAACUUCUCUUCUUCUCCUUCACUCUCUAAAACCAGCCUACUCAUCCCUCCCCAAUACUUCCCUCUCCCCUUCUCCUUGAGCAACCCGUGACAUCCCUUCUGUCUCUCUGCGUAUCUGUUUUUGGGAUUAAUGGGGCUUUAUCUGUCACCCUGUGUUUCCUCUCAUGACCAAGUAACUCUGCAUUUGUUAUGAAAGCAUUCUGCCUCUAUAUCCAAAUCAACACCACUACUUUUCCACGCCUCUAGUUAUUUUCUCUUGACCUUUUUCUUUACCUGUGAUGUCCCUUUUCCUCUGCUUUUUCGCCUGUUUUUCCCCCUUUUUCUAAAAUUUUCUGACAUGAAAUGUGUUUUUCCUGUGUUGUCAUGCUUCCGGCUGAGAAGCGUUCAUCAUUUGCAACUGCUCUGCUGAUUUACUAAAUCAAGUCCAAGUAUAUUUAUUUUCCAAAUGACGGCAAUGAUAUUCAAUUCAAUGCUUUCAAA